GGUCUGUUCAUCUGUCGGUAAAAAAAAAUAAAAACAAAAUAUCAACAACUUUUAUAGUAAUAUUUUAAAUUUUAAUUAGUUUUAAUGAUUUAGUAUUAGUAGGAGCAAAGUUUUUACUAUCACUGAACAGCAAUAUUGUAUAUGAUGCGUGUAUUCCUUGCAGAAGAUAAUCUUUGUGCUCAAAAUUUAUUAAAACUUGUUUCUCAUGGUAAUGCUAUACUAGCAGAAAUACUAAGGCUUAAAGACCAUAUCCCCAAAGCGUUUUUAUUGGAUAGCAAAGAAAUACAACAAAAUUAUCAAGAUGUCAUCAUGGACUUUAGUUAUUUUAAAAUAUCAGAAGUUCAAGAAAAGAAGAUAAGCAUGAACAAUAAAUUACAAGAUUUGGAUGAUGAUUUAAAAGAAAAGUAUCUGGAAUUGAUAACUCGGUUCUACUUAUUGUUUGAAAAUAUUUAUCAAUACAUUGUGGAUCUUAAUGCUUUUGUAGAGCAAUUACAUGAUGGAGCAUUCAUACAACAAACAAUUGAAACAGUCAUGAAAGAUAUAGAGGGCAAACAACUGUUGUGCGAAUCUCUAUAUUUAUAUGGUUCUAUGCUUCUUCUGUGUGAUCUGUAUGUACCUGGAUGGGUGAGGGAGAGACUGUUGGUAGCAUUUUAUCGCUACAGCACUAGUCAGUCACAAUCAAAUGUAGAUGAUGUUUGCAAGCUUUUAAGGGACACAGGUUAUAAUCAGCAACAGGGUAAAAGACCAUCAGAUUAUCCAGUUGAAUAUUUCAGUCGUGUUCCAAUCCAUCCAGAAUUUAUGGAGAAGGUAGUAGGAAAGUUAAGGUCUGAAGAUAUAUACAACCAGCUGGCUGUUUAUACUAUUCCUGAGCAUCAAGCGUCAGCUCUUGCCACUCAGGCCAGUAUGUUGGUGGUCUGCCUAUUUUUUACACCACAUUACUUGCACGGCGACACGACAAAAAUGAGAGAGAUUGUAGACAAAUUUUUCCCAUGCAACUGGAUCAUACCUAUUUACAUGGGUGUUACCAUGAAUUUAGUUGAUUAUUGGGAAAACUUCAAAGCAGCAAAGAGUUCCCUCAACAAUACAUGCAACACAAAAAUGGUCAAGGAAAUGUAUGCAAAACGAGGCAACUCUGUACAGUUGCUUAUUAAUAAGACUAAGUCAUUGUUAAAGGAAGGCACACUUACUGAUGAGUUUGUUCUGGACAAUAUCAGCAAGAUAUUGAAUGUUAUUUUAAAUUCAAAUCAUGUUUUACGCUGGUUACUUUUGCACAAUAGUGAUGUUAUAUUUUUUGAUAACAAUAAAAAAAGUAAACAACUAAAAGACUUGGUUACUAAGGAAUCCAACUAUGAUCCCCUUAAAAUUCUUGAACUUCUAAUAAGUACAGCCGAAUUAGAGUUAAAAGUUAGAGAAUUUUUGAGAAGACUACUUGAUUCAAGAAGUGAUAAUUGGAAAAAAAAUAAAGAACUAGCUUUAGAAGCUAUUAAUAAUUUGUCAGAAUUAUUUUCAGGCUCAAACCCCUACACGAAAGUGGUAGAAAAUGAGCAACUGAAGCUUUGGUUUGGGAACAUAGCAAAGCAGCUUUCUUCACUUAAUGAACCCAUUACACCAAAAACUGUAAAAAAGGUCACUCAACUGCUACAGGUACUGGAAAACGUGGAAGAAUUUCACAGUAUCAAAAGUACUUCAACUGUAGUCCAGUUUCUCUGUGACAGUAAAGAUGCAUUAAAAAAUGUCCUCAGAGCAGCCUCUUUAAAAGAAGAUUCCUUAGUGACAUUGGAAACAGUGGCCGACUUUAGUUACGCUUGGUGUACGAUAGAUUUGUACACAAUAUACAUGCAAGAUAGCAUUAAAGAAAAUCCAGCAGUCACAAGUAGACUCCGUGCUCUGUUUCUAAAGUUAGCUAGUGCUAUGGAAAUACCUUUACUGAGAAUCAAUCAAGCCCAAAGUGACGAUCUAGUAUCAGUUUCACAAUAUUACAGCAGUGAACUGAUCAAGUAUAUUCAAAAAGUUUUGCAAGUUAUACCAGAAAUGGUUUUUAAUAUUGUCGAAAAGAUAAUAGACCUUCAAACGUGGACAAUUAAAGAAGUACCAACACGAAUAGAGAAGGAGAAGUUGAGGGAGUAUGCACAGAUGGACCAUAGGAUGGAAGUUGCUAGGCUCACACACUCCGCUUCAACAUUCACUACUGGAAUUUUGGACAUGAGAUCAACUUUAGUUGGAGUAAUAAGAGUAGAUCCUGCAGAGUUACUGGAAGAAGGCUUGCUUAGAGAACUAGAUGGACAUAUAAGCAAGAAGUUCUUUGAAUUCAUUGAGCCAACAGCAACAAAAAAGUCAAACAACUUAUUGCCAAGACUCCAAAAAUUGGCAGAAAGUAUGGAUGGUUAUAAGAGAUCUUUGGAAUAUAUUCAAGAUUAUAUUAACAUUCAUGGCUUGAGAAUUUGGCAAAAACAGGUGUCUGCAAUAAUAAACCAAAGCGUAGCAAAGGAGAUUAGUAUACGAAAAGGCGUUAGUUUGUUUGGACCUUCUGCAAGCUUUAUGGGAAGUCUUGCUCGACAGAUCGUGCAAAUAACAGAUGCAAGGAUGUGCGUAUACAUAAAUAUAUCUGCAGCGUGGUUUGAUGUUAAAAACCACAGUGAAGUGAUAAAUACAAAAACAUUUGCCAAAUUGAACGAAGCGAUAGGAGUUCUCGGCUUACACGGUCUAGACACCUUAUACGGCUAUAUGAUAAAGAAUCAGUUGCAGCACAUUCAGAAUAUCUUCAGAUCCAAUGCGGAUAAAAUUGCAAUCGGAAACACUGAUGUGAAGGAUUUGGAUCAAGUCAUUACUAAGGGAUACAAGACAUAUCAGCAAGUGUCAGAUUUAAUAAUAGUGAUAGGUACUUUACAGAUAUUGCGUAAGCAUAUCGCCUAUCAGCUGAACACAAGCUGCAAAUUUGACUCUGCACAUUUAGAAGCUUCUUUGCGUACCAUGAAUGAGUCUUUACUGAAUGAAAUCAAGAAGAGUGCCAAGUCAGAGUCCAAAAUUAUACCCUUAGAACUCUUACAUAGCUUGGAAGAAUAUUUGGUACGCUGUGGAAUUUAUGAGCCUUUCGAAAAAAUCUAUGCAAAAAAUGCUCAUGAAUUUAUUAAUUCCGAUAUGGGACGACUCAUGGCAAUCGUUUUAAUUGCUCAGCUACCGAGAUUACAAGUAUGCCUUAGUACUGGUGAUUUAAUAACAAAGAAACCAGGAGAAAAUAUCGACGGCUACCCCCUUUUAGUUGGCAUUUACACCCUACUGCGCCAAUCAAAGACUGAAAGUGUUGAAAAUUUUGUACAAUUUCUUUGUAAAUAUGCUAAAGUUGUAACAAUUAACAAGUUAAAAUCUGGCGAAUCAACUAAUGAGGGCACAUUUAUAAUCAGAGUUUUGCAACUGUUUUGUGAGACAUUCAAUUAUUCCUUCAAUAAAAUAGAAGAUAAACUACCAUUGGUUCUAUUAACUCAGGCGCCUCAAAAAUAAAAAAUAAAAACAUAUUUGUGUUUGUUAUCCUUUAGAAAAUGUUGCAAUGCAAUAAUUAAUAACAAAAUACAUUACAUAUUUUUAUAUCAUAUGCUUUAAGUUUUCAAAUAUUUUUUUGGUAUAACAUACCUACUCAGAGGCACAAUUAUCUGCCCACUUUAAUAUGACGCGAGUAUAUUAAAGUGGGUGGAUAAUUGUGCAUCUGAGUAUAUUUAUUAUAGUACGCGCGUUAACAACUGAGUCUUAGGGCCAUAAAUCAUUUCUCUAUAUCUAUCUCGCUUGCACUUAUGGGUCUUAUGGAGCCGUCUAGUGAAGGGUGUAACAAUGAAAGACAUAUUAUCGAUAAGUAAAGUUUAUUAUCGUAUCUUGUUCACAAAAUUAAAAAAAUUAACAAUAUUUGAUUUAAUAUAAUACAUAUUUCAUAUUAUAUAAUUAUUAACUAAAUAAAAUUAAUCUUCAUCUGAGUCUUCAUCAUCAGAAUCUUCGUCUUCUGCCAAAUUUAUUAUAAGCGGCGCGUGAUCUCUAAUUAGAGCUUUUUGUAAAUCUUUGUUUUGAAGUUCUUCGGCAUGCCUAACACAUUUGGCCCAGUCUUCUCGUGUGACAUUUUCUAUGGCUCGGUGGAGGUGAUUUUCGACAUCUGCUAUCUUGAAGGUAUUAUUAUUCUUCGCAACUUCUCCCUUUACUUGUGCCCAAAUUAAUUCUAUUGGGUUAUAUUGACAGUGAUAUGGAGGGAGCCUUAUUACUUCAUGACCUCGUUCAUUUGCCAGAUGGUCUAAAGCGUAGACCUUCUGCGGGUUACUGGCUUUUACUUUUCUUAUUAAUUCUUCAAUAAUUUCGUUGCUGGAAUAUGGAAUCUUUUUCUUUGUCAACCAUUCUUGAAUUUCAGCUUUCCUCGUGUUUCUUGUGGGUAUCUUUUCCAACUGUAUCGAAUGAUAGCUUGCGUUAUCGACAAUUAUAACUGAGGGCUCUUCAAGUAGAUUCAGGAAUUCGGAAAACCAUGCCAUAUAUGUUUCGCCAUCCAUUUCUGUGUGGUAAUCAGCAUCCUUUGAUUUCACCGCUUUAAAUAUUAGCUUCGCAUCUGGAACGAAGCCAGUCCUUGCAGAACCCGCAUGGCAAACUAUUAAUCUUUGGCCUUUUCCCACAGGCUGAUUCUUGAAACCUCCUUCAUCGUUGCUUCCAAGCCACAUCCUCUUUCUUGCAUGGUUUUGAUUAAUCCAUGUUUCGUCUAGAUAGAAACGUGGUCGCUGAUCGUUAGUUCUUCUAAGUAAAUCCAAUUUCCUUAAAAAGUCCAUUCUAGCACAAACAAUAUCAGUUCUUUCCAUUAAAUAUUUACGUCCUUCGCUAUUUUUCUUAUACUGGAACCCAACCUCCUUCAGUAGUAUUCUCAUUGAAGUGUUGCCGCAUUUAAAAUCGGGUAAUUGUUCACGGAAUUUUUCUAAAAUUUUCGCCACGGAUGGAUACUCUCCAUUCUCAUAAAAUGAAGCUACAGUUCGCUUCAACACACUUUUAUCAAAAUCGUCAAUAUUAGUGACGGUUUGUGGUUUCUUAAAAUUUGUUCUUGGUAUACAGGUACUGCCUGAUUGUGAUACUUCCGUCUUGAUUCGGUCCACUGUCGCUCUGCUCACACCACAAACAAAUGCGGCCAUUUCACGUGGUUUGUUGAAAUUUAGAGAAGCCACUUUAUUCGGAUCACUUUUCAAUUCAUUGAGAAACAGGAAUACGUUGUGAAUCAGUGUUCGAGCUUGAGGGCUAAUAUCGCCAUGUAAUUUCUUCAGAUCAACGUUAGAAAAUAAAGUAUCCAUAGUGCGCAACGAGUAACACAUGAAUGUAUUUAUUUAAUUGCAGUAAACACAUUUAUAGCAAAAAAAAUACGCAAUGCAAUUACAUUAGAAACCGACCAAUCAGAAUCGUCCAAAUCAUUAUUGACUCAUCAUUAGCACGUGCGCAGGUAGCCGUUUAUCGAUAAUUAGGGUGCGCAGGUAGGCGCGCUGCACAUUCCUAUCUUUUUUGACUUUUAUGACCGGACGACUCAGAUGAUAACGCGCAUACUAUAGUUAUGUAUAAUAAAUAAAAUAUUUAAUCUUUU